CAAUCUUUACUUUUCAUCUUUUUCGUUCUGGCCUCCUGGCUCGUUAUUUUUGCACGUGUUCAUGUAUUUAUUUUGCGUGCAUUUAAUAUAUGAUGCAUUCUAUUGAAUAAAUUUUAAUAUUCAGUUAUAAACUAUAUAUCACAAUGGUUGUGAUAGGUAAAAAGAAGUAUCAAAGUGGUGAAGGGGCGCAGUUUAUGACGAGGAGAACUGCUCUCAGGAAAUUACAAUUGACACUAAAUGAUUUCCGUAAGUUAUGCAUAUUGAAGGGCAUAUACCCAAGAGAACCACGCAAUCGUAAGAGAGCACAAAAGGGUGAACCUGGGAUUAAAACUUUAUAUCAUAAAAAAGAUAUUCAAUUUUUGAUGCACGAACCAAUCAUAUGGAAACUAAGAGAUUACAAGAUAUUCAACAGGAAAAUUGGGCGGGCAAAAGCAAUGAAAGAUUUUGCCAAAGUAAAGAGAUAUUUGAGUAAUCAUCCUACAUUAAAAUUGGAUCAUAUAGUGAAAGAACGUUAUCCAACAUUCAAAGAUGCUUUGCGUGAUUUAGAUGACUGUUUAACUCUUUGCUUUUUAUUCAGUACAUUUCCAUCAUUGUCUCAUAUACCGAGAGAUCAGUCAUUAUUAUGCAGAAGAUUAACAAUUGAAUUCCUUCAUGCUGUUAUUUAUGCCAAAGCAUUGCGUAAAGUAUUUAUAUCAAUCAAAGGAUAUUAUUAUCAAGCAGAAAUAAAAGGUCAAACAAUAACCUGGAUAGUACCGCAUCACUUUUGUUUUGAACCUCAAGCAAAGAACGAAGUUGAUUUUAAAGUCAUGUCUACAUUUGUAGAAUUUUAUGUUGUAAUGCUUGGUUUCGUGAAUUACAGACUGUAUCAUACUUUGAAUUUACAUUAUCCUCCAAAAUUAACAAAUACUGGAAAUAUUGAGAGAACACUUGUUGAUGAAGAAGCAUAUGUGUCAGAAAGAAUAAGUGCAUUGAAUGUAUCAUUGGUCAGCUUGGAUUCUUCAAUACCAGCCACUGAAGAUGAUGAAAUUGAAAUAGAUCAAUUCUCAAAUGAGACAGACGCUGCCAAAAUAGAAGCUGCUAGGCUAGAAGCUGAAAAAAUAAAGAAAUUGAAAAAUUUGUUUAAGAAUAUAAAAGUUUUUAUUAAUAGAGAAGUACCCAGAGAACCAUUAGUGUUUAUCUUGCGUUGCUUUGGUGGCGAAGUUUCUUGGGAUAAAUUACUUUUUGUUGGUGCAACUUUUGAUGAAAAUGAUGAAACAAUAACUCAUCAGAUUGUAGAUAGACCGAGUAUGAAUAAACAAUAUGUAUCAAGAUAUUAUAUACAACCGCAAUGGAUAUUUGAUAGUGUAAACGCGAGAGAAUUAUUACCUGUGGAAAAAUAUUUAAUGGGUGCUGUACUUCCUCCUCAUCUCUCACCAUUUACAGAAAAUCGACAAGAUCAAACUUAUAUUCCUCCAGAAGAACGCGCUCUUAUGGAUCCUGAUUAUAAAUUAAACAAUUUGGAAGCAGAAUCAGAUGAAGAAGCAGAAUCAGAUGAAGAAGCAGAAAAUGAGGACAAGAAUGAUAGUAAAGAAGAGGAAAUUGAAGUUCAGGAUGAUCUAAGUUCAGAAAGUGAUGCAGGUUCAAUUGAAGAAGAGGAAGAUGAUGAUAAUGUACAGAUUGCUGAAGAUGAAGAAAAAAAUAAAAAGAAGACACAAUUGGAAAAGAAGAAGAAAAUGAAGGUGCAAGUUGGUAAGAUCACGAAAGAAGAUCCAUGGGAAAAGGCUAAACGAGAGAAGCAGGAAUAUCGUCUUAGAGAGAAGAUGAUCAAAAAGAAGCACCGCAAAUUGUACAAGAGCAUGAUGAAAGGUCGAGAGGAAAGAGCUAAACAAAUAUGGCUCUUGCGAAAGAAGAGACGCAUCCACGAUGCUACCGAAAAAGAAAAACGAAAAGAGAAAAGGAAACAACUAAAUAAGAAUAAACCUGUUAAAGCAUAGCAACAUAUAAUUUAAACACAAAAUAAAUAUGUUUUGUAUUCCAUUUCCUAUGCAUAAACAAGAAAUUACAAUAUUGUACAUUAUGUUGGUUCAGUAUAUAUUCCAAUAUAUAUUCUUAUUGAAAAAUAAA